AUGCUUCCAGUCCGCCCACAGCUUUCCCGGCAAGCACGACUGGGCCGACCGUGUGUCGUGUGCCGGUCCCUGCGCCGCUACUCAAGCAUCUCUAGCCUAACGGCCCCCUCGCCCGUCACGUCUCUCUCCACCGAUGCCACUCUCCCCAACCUCCGCAUUGGUCGCCAUACCCGCGUCAUCUUCCAGGGGUUUACUGGCCGCCAGGCCACGGCCAAUGCCCGCGAAUCGCUCGCCUGGGGCACCAACAUCGUCGGCGGUGUGACCCCGGGCCGCUCCGGCGAGCACUUGGGGCUGCCCGUGCUGCCCAGCGUCUGCGCGGCCGUCGAGACGCUCAAGCCGGACGCCACAGGCAUCUAUGUGCCGGCACCGCUCGCGCCCGCGGCCAUUGAAGAGGCCAUUGCCGCGGAGGUGCCCUUGGUUGUCGCCGUGGCCGAGCACAUUCCCGUGCACGCCAUGCUGCGCAUCCACGCCAUGCUGAAGACGCAGUCCAAGUCGCGGCUCGUGGGCGCCAACUCGCCCGGCAUAAUUUCGGCUGUUGGCGCCUGCCGCAUCGGGUUCCAGCCGCUGCCAUGCUUCUCGCCCGGGUCGGGCCCCGGCACGCGCGUCGGCAUUGCCGCCAAGUCGGGCACGCUGAGUUAUGAGGCGGUGGCCUCGACGACAAGGGCGGGGCUGGGUCAGAGCUUGUGCAUCGGCGUGGGCGGCGACAUUGUGGCGGGCACGGAUCUGCGCGAGUCGCUGACCGUGUUGGCCGACGACCCGGAAACGGACGCGAUCGCGCUGAUUGGAGAGAUUGGCGGCACGAGCGAGCUGGAGGCGGCCGCGUGGAUCGAGGCAUACAGGAAACGGGCGCAGGCGGCGGGCGCUGUGCCCAAGCCGAUUGUGGCGUUGAUUGGCGGUACACACGCUGCUGUUGAGGGCCGCAUCAUGGGCCAUGCAGGUGCCUUUGUGCUCCCCGGCGAGCCGACGGCCCAGGAGAAGAUCCAGGCGCUCGAGCGGGCAGGCGCGACGGUGAUUGACCACCCGGAGAAGUUUGGGCAGGCAGUCAAGGCGCGUCUGGACGCUCUUUCCCCGAGUGGCAGCGGUGCCAACAGCAGCAGCCUGUUUGGGCAGGCGGGACCGACAAGCCAGCGCCGCAGCAUGCACACAUCGACGCUGUCCCGAAACGGCAACAGCAAGCGGCCUAUGAUUCAGAGGGGGUUGAUGUUGCGGCGGCCGUCGCAAACCAUCGCCCAAAAACGCUCCAUCUACAUUGGCCAAGACGCCACAUUCGAUUUGCUGCGCAAGGAGGGCGUCAACGCCGCGCCCUACUCGGGCCAGGGCACCCAGCGCUACCUCGCCAUUACCAUUGACCGCUCGUCCAAGAUGCCGUGUGUGCUGGCAGCUCCGAACUACAAUGACAGCGUUUCGAGCAUCAGAAACCUCCGCCGUUUCCCGUUUGGCUACCGCGCCGGCGUCGACGGCCUGCUCGCGGCCCGUGUUGCCGACCACCUUGGCCUCGACACCACGUCCUCGACGAGCGAAACCGAGAGCCUGCGCAAGCUGCUGCGCGUGCUGUACGCCAUCUUUCUCGAGCAGGAAGCAUACCUUGUCGAAACGGCUAUCGUGGCGCGGCUUGCCGACGUCAAGGUUGUGCAUGCACGCCUGGGGCUCGAUGAUGUCGCCUUUAACCAGCGCAAGGCCACCGGCGACGAGACCACGCUGCGGCUUGCCUCCGUGACGCCGCCCAUGGAAGCCAACGAGCGCGAAGCCGCGGCCAAGAAGGACGGCAUUGUCUACGUGACUCUCCACGACAACGACGACAGCAACAACAAUGACAAUGACAACAGCAAACAAGGGCGACAAGGGGCGGCCGCGCCGGCGACGAUUGGCACGCUCGUCAACGGCGCCGGCCUGGCCAUGAACACGGUGGACGCGCUCGCCGGCCUUGGUGGGCAGGCCACCAAUUUUUUGGACACGGGCGGCAAGGCCACGAGCGAGACGGUCAAGACGUGCUUCCAGGUACUGCUGCAGGACCCGCGCGUGCGUGUCAUCUUUGUCAACGUCUUUGGCGGGCUGACGCUCGGCGACAUGAUUGCGCGCGGCGUGCUGCUGGCGUUCAAGGAGACCAACGUGGCGGUGCCCGUGGUGGUGCGCAUCCGCGGCACGAACGAGGCCGAAGGCCAGGAGAUUAUACGGACGAGCGGGCUGCCGCUGUUUGCCUACGACAGUUUUGACGAGGCGGCGGCCAAGGCGAUUGAGCUGUCCAAGGCGGCAUGA